GCGAAUCAAGCAUCAUAGUAUCUCACACACUCACUAGUCACCACUCCCCCAAAACUGAUCAGCUACCAUCAUCAGUAGAGAAGAAGAUAAGAACCGAGAUGAAGAAACGGAGCCUUGGAUUCCUUUUGGCGGUGCUUCUGAUUCUACUCAUCGGAGAAGUUCUUGAGGCGGCUUCUAUCCCUGGAGGCAGCAUCAGCACCACCAGCAUUGCCGAUUUUAUAGGGCACGAAGAGUUCUUGAUGGAAUCUGAUAUCAACGCAAGGCUUCUGGGCGCAAAAGGGGAUAUAUGUUCUGAUUAUGCUGCAUUAAAGAAACCACCAGUUAAAGGAUGCUAUUCAAAGCACGUAGGCAACGGCCAACCAAUCCGAUGCAAACCUGAAGAACGCUGCCGCCGGGGAACCUCCCAGGCUUCGCUGUUGUGGUGAUCAUCUCUGCCGUAGAAGAUGAAAUCAAACUGGGGCAUUGAAGUGGAUUUCAAGCCACACGAAUCAAUUAUUAAUAAGGUGAAGCUACCUUUAAGAAUGAUGUUGCACGCGUUUUCCCCUCAAUUCAUCUCCGGUUCUCAGUCUCUGUAUUUUGUUUUGUUCUUCUGAUGUUCUCCCUUCGUGUAUUUUAAACGGGUACCUGUACGGCUGUACCGUUCGUGCCAUGAAAUUAGAUGGGUUGUGUCGAUAAUUAAGCUAUGUAUUAAUU